AUGAGUCUGUUCUUAAUUCCUCCUAAUAACUGUGAUAAGAUUGAGAAGAAAAUGAAUGAUUUUUGGUGGGGGCAAGGAGCAAAUAGUAGUGGAAUCAGGUGGAUGGCGUGGUACAAGUUGUGUGUAUCAAAAUAUGGGGGAGGCGUGGAGGUAAGAAACUUAAGAUGUUUUAAUACAGCGAUGCUAGCUAAGCAAGGGUGGAGGAUUUUGACUGAAGCACAUUCUUUGGUUUCUAAGCUUAUGAGAGCUCGUUAUUUCCCUGAUACGGAUUUAUUGAAUGCGAGGUUGGGUGUGAAUCCAAGUUAUUUAUGGCGUAGUAUCCUCUCUACUCAAGAUGCUAUCAAAGUAGCUUGUCGAAGGAGCAUUGGUGAUGGGACUAGUACUAAGGUCUGGAAGGUGCCCUGGUUACCAUGCGCGGGAAAUGGCUAUGUCUCUACAAAUUUAGUGCCUGAACUUCAGAAUAUUAAUGUCCAAAAUCUGAUGGAUAUUGAUAAAACAAAUACAUGGGACAAUGAUGUGUUGGAUGAUUUGUUUAAUGAUCGUGAUCGACAACUAAUUCCACGAGUUCCAAUUUCAUUUCGACGAAGAUGUGAUGCUUGGUUUUGGUUAUUUAAUCCUAAAGAUCAGUUUGCGGUGAGAAGCAUGUAUAAGAAGUUGCAGGGUCCUCAUGAAAUGGUGCUAAGGAGCUUCUGGCAUCAAUUAUGGAACUUAAAAAUCCCAGUAAAGUUGCUUGUUUUCUAUGGCCUGUCUGCAAGGGAUGUUUACCAACGAUGCUGGCCUUGA